AUGGAUUCUGAAUCAAGGAACAGUUUAAUAGGAAGCUUUCUUCAGCCACCAGAUAAGAUGUUUCCUGCAGCCUUUGCUUAUAUAAAAUCAAAAAAGUUGGCAGCUGCUGGUGGUGACAGGUCUUCUACCCCCAAUAAACAAGCUGUGGUGGCAGCCCUGAAAACUCUUCAAGAAAAGAUUCGCCGUCUAGAGCUGGAGAAGUUACAGGCUGAAGAUAAUCUGCACAGCCUCUCCAUAGCAGCUGCUCAGUAUAAGAAGGCCUUAGAGCAUGAAUCCUACAAAAAGGACCUAGCACAUCAGGAACUGAUGCAACAGAGGAAAGAUAUAAGCAUGCAGUUAAAAGCAGCACAAUCUCGCUGCUCCCUGCUGGACAAACAGCUGGAUUACAUGAGAAAAAUGGUUUCCAGUGCAGAACUGGAAAAUAAAGUGGUUUUAGAACAACAGGCCCAGCUUCAGAAAGAGGAAGAUCAGAACUGGUUGGAACUGCAUGCAAAACUUGAAAAGCUUGAAAAAGAGUGUCUUCACCUCACUGCUACUCAGAGAAUUGCAGAAGACAAGAUCAAACACUUAGAAGAAAAGCUUUGUAAAGAGGAGCAUCAGCGUAAGCUACUACAAACCAAAACUGCUCAGCUUCAAACAGGAUUUGAGAUAACUAGAAUUUUGAUGUCUCCAGUAACACCUCAAAAUGAACCUAAAAAGGAAAAUUGGAAGAAGAAAAAAGCUAAGAAGAGAAGUCCUACAGUGAAGAAAAUGCCCCUUUCACAAUUACAUGUGAAGGCUGGAGAACUACCUUUUGUGGCUGGAAAGCAUCACAAUCCACGUUUCUUAUCACGAAGCCAAAGAGGAGCUACAGCUGGGAUUUCAGGACACAGUGUGCUUUCAAAAUCUGCGUCCUCUUGUUCCACAUCACCUGCUGCCACUGGAAGUCUUUUGGACCUUCUGUUGUCCAUACAAGAUGAGCUGAGCCAUAUGAGCUUUGAGCAUCAAAAACUUCUGAAGAAGAUACAGGAGACUGAAGACUCCAAAGUUCGUGAAGACCUAGAAUGGGAGCUGGAUUGCCUUGUGAAACAAAUGGAGAUUAAAGAAGAACAAGUAACCAAACUGAAAAAGCGUCAGGCUACUAUGCAGAAAUUAAAGAGAAGAACACAGAAACUGAAGCAAGGGGCAGCUCAUGUCAAACUCAAGUGUGAUGACCAAAGGGAAGUAAAGGAUGUUGCAGUCGCUGAAAGGGAAAGUAUGGCUAAACCUUGUCCUGGACAGAAAAGCAAAACCUCUCUUCAGCUGCUAAAAAAUGUGCGAAAGCUUCAGUCAGCACUGAAAAAAGAUGAUAUCAUGUGGGAACGAUAG